AUGGCUGUGCGCAGUCCCCUAUCGACAGCCGCUGCCAUUGAAGUCUGCGGCAGUCCGUACACCGUCUCUAUAUGCCUAUUUCUAGUCGAACUUGUCAAUGGCGUCGACUUGUAUCAGCUGAAUGUGACGAGAUUGCCUGUGUACGCUGCCCACAGCCCUUCGGGAACAUCCGUAGACAACGUGUACCAUUUCGCACAGGUUGUGCCACCCAGUUAUGUCGUGUCUAAUGUAAGAGUGCCUGUGGCCCUCUACCAUAGCGCUGGUGACAUCUAUGCUGUACCCAAAGACGUAGCGCGGCUAGAAAAGGAGCUGCCAAACGUCGUCCGAAGUAUUCAAGUGGCUGACAAGCAUAUGACUCACUACUAUUUCGCACUUGGAAUGCACGCAGCAGACAUGGUGUACAAUGACAUGCUUGAGCUUAUGGCAAAAUAUCGAGGGGCGUGA